CGGAGGGCGGGACUUCCGCCGUCCUCCUGGAGGUGGUCGUUUUGGUUCUCUCUGGUGUUUUCACUAGCCACGGCCUAUGGCGCUCUCUGACGUCACCGAAGUGACGGAGCGGAAAAGCGCGAGAAACGGCUUGGUUCCCACCCUGCAGAGAGGGGAGUGACAUUCAGCUGACAAGGACUGGGGACAUCGCGUCCUUGUCUUGCCUUUGUCGCCCCCGCCCCGCUCUUUCCUGGCUGGGCUGGCGGAGGCCUUGCCGAUGAACCUGACUGAGGGUCCCCUGGCGGCAGAAAUGGACCCUGCACAUGACCGUGUGGUCUUUGAGGACGUGGCCAUAUAUUUCUCCCAGGAGGAGUGGGGGCACCUUGAUGAGGCUCAGAGAUUGCUGUACCGCGAUGUGAUGCUGGAGAAUUUGGCCCUUUUGUCCUCACUAGGUUGUUGGCAUGGAGCUGAGGAUGAGGUGGCACCUUCACAGCAAGGUUUUUCUGCAGGAGUGUCAGAGGUUACAACUUCAAAGUCCUGUAUGAUCACCCAGAAGAUCCACCCUAGUGAGACGUGUGGCCCACCCUUGAAAGACACUCUGUGCCUGGUUGAGCACAAUGGAAUUCAUCCUGAGCAAGACAUAUAUAUUUGUGAGGCAGAGCUUUUUCCGUGCCCAGAGCAGCAAAUUGGAGAGAAUCUUUCCAGAGGGGACAAUUGGAUACCUUCAUUUGGGAAGAACCACAGAAUUCACAUGGCAGAGGAGAUCUUCACAUUCAUGGAGGGUUGGAAGGACUUACCAGCCACCUCAUGCCUUCUCCAGCAACAGGCCCCUGAAAGCGAGUGGAAGCCAUACAGGGACACAGAGGACAGAGAAUACUUUCAGACUGGACAAAAAGAUUACAAAUGUAGUGAAUGUGGGAAAACCUUCACCUACAGAUAUUCACUUGUUGAGCACCAGAAAAUCCACACGGGAGAAAGAUCUUAUGAAUGUAACAAAUGUGGGAAAUUUUUUAAGUACAGUGCCAAUUUCAUGAAACAUCAGACAGUUCACACUAGUGAAAGGACUUAUGAGUGCAGAGAAUGUGGAAAAUCAUUUAUGUACAACUACCGACUCAUGAGACAUAAGAGAGUUCACACUGGAGAAAGGCCUUAUGAGUGCAACACAUGUGGGAAAUUCUUUCGGUACAGCUCUACAUUCGUUAGACAUCAGAGAGUUCACACUGGAGAAAGGCCAUAUGAGUGCAGGGAAUGUGGGAAAUUCUUUAUGGACAGCUCCACACUCAUUAAACAUCAGAGAGUUCACACUGGAGAAAGACCUUAUAAAUGCAAUGAUUGUGGGAAAUUUUUUAGGUAUAUCUCCACACUCAUUAGACAUCAGAGAAUUCACACUGGAGAAAGGCCUUAUGAGUGCAGUGUGUGUGGGGAAUUGUUUAGGUACAACUCCAGCCUCGUUAAACAUUGGAGAAAUCACACUGGAGAGAGGCCUUAUAAAUGCAGUGAAUGUGGGAAAUCAUUUAGGUACCACUGCAGACUCAUUAGACACCAGAGAGUCCAUACGGGAGAAAGGCCUUAUGAGUGCAGCGAAUGUGGGAAAUUCUUUCGUUACAACUCCAACCUCAUUAAACAUUGGAGAAAUCACACUGGAGAAAGGCCUUAUGAGUGCAGAGAGUGUGGUAAAGCCUUUAGCCACAAGCAUAUACUUGUUGAGCACGAGAAAAUCCACAGUGGAGAAAGACCUUAUGAGUGUAGCGAAUGCCAGAAGGCCUUUAUUAGAAAAUCUCACCUGGUUCAUCACCAGAAAAUCCACAGUGAAGAGAGGCUUAUGUGCUCCAUGAAUGUGGGGAAUUCUUCAGCUGCAACUCCAACCUCAUUAAACAUCAGAGAUUUCACAAUGGAGAAAGUUUACCAUUGACCAUUGUAAUUGGGUAGUAAUGUUACAUAAAUUCCACCUUUUUAUGUAACUAAUCUCCAGAACAUUUUUCCUCUUGCAAAAAAAGUAAAAUGCUGUAUCUAUUAGAAACAACUCAUUCCCCUUUCCUACUGUCCCCAGAAAUGUCUCAACUAUAUGUCUAUACUCUGUAUCUAUGAAUUUGAUAUCUAUUGGUACCUCAUAUAGGUGGAUUCAUACAGUA